CUGAAGAUGCAUUACGUGGCAUUACAGGUGCUGUUAUUGUUGCCUCUAUUUGCUGCAUUAAAGCAUGAAAAGGAGGUGGAACAAGCUACAAGCUAUCUGAAGCAAUUUGGUUACCUCCCUACCUCACUACUUCAUUCUCAAGAUCAAGAAGGAAAGAUGAAUCAAUUCUCUGAAGCACUUAGACUAUUCCAGAACGUGACAGACCUCCCAGUAACAGGUAGAUUGGACAACGCCACUUUAGAGAUAAUGAAAAUGCCACGUUGUGGCCUUAAGGACUCAUUUAACCUAAAGUUCCUCAAAUUCUGUGUAGUGGGUAUCUGGCAUAAAAAGAAGCUGAGUUACUAUAUCCAUAACUAUGAUCCUAAUCUGGGAAUGGCUAAAACACAACAGGCUAUACGAGCUGCAUUCAAAUACUGGAGUGACGUUACACCUCUCCAGUUCUAUGAGGUCACCAGCCAAGACGCUGACAUUGAAUUAGCCUUUCAUGGGAAAGAUACAUUCUGCUCAAUGCCAUUUGAUGGACCAGGAAAAACCCUGGCUCAUGCUCAAGGCCCAGAAUAUGGCAUAGUGCAUUUUGAUUCAGAUGAGCUGUGGACGGACCGGAAACAAUAUGGAGCAAACCUGAGAAUUGUAGCAGCACAUGAGAUAGGUCACGCCCUGGGUUUAGGUCACUCCAGGUAUCACAGUGCUCUCAUGGCCCCUAUAUAUCAUAGUAACUAUGAUAACUUUCAACUUCAUCCGGAUGACAUUCAGGGGAUUCAAGCACUAUAUGGUAAACCUGAUGAAAAGCCAGAAACAUAUUCUCCUCCUCCUGAUCCAUGCACUGCCUUACUAGAUGCUAUAAUUCUAGGACCAUUCCAUAAGACAUUUGCUUUCAGUGGAGAUUAUGUUUGGACGAUAUCAGAUUCUGGCUAUAACACACCAGUACGAAUCAACUACCUGUGGAAAGAACUUCCUGGUCACUUAAAUGCUGCAGUGCACUCUCUGAGGACCAAAAAGUCUUACUUUAUUAAAGGUAAUAAAGUGUGGAGAUAUACUUACUUCAGGUUGGACCGCGAUUUUCCAAAAAUACUAAUCCUCCCUGCAAACAUUGAUGCUGCCUUUUACUCGCACAGCAAUAGAACACUAAUUUUCAUUAAGGGUUCGGAGUACUGGGAAUGGGAUGAACUGGGAUCUGGUGAGAAGCUGAGAAAUUAUCCUAAACCCCUCUCGGAUCUUGUUACUGGAUUUCCCUCCAGCCCUGAUGCGGCGUUCACCUGGAUUAAUAGUUAUGUCUACGUUUUUAAAGGAGAUCUGUACUGGCGUGUGAACCCUGGGCGCUUUAUUGAGAAAGGUUAUCCAUUCAGCAUAAGAGAACGCUGGAUGAAGUGUGGUUAACCUUCACAGAGCUGAAUGCAUAUAGUUGCAAUCAGAAAUAUUAACCCUACAAAGAAAAUAAGGAUUUAUAACUACUUACAGAGCUAGAUUUUGCUUUAAAUUAAGGUAGUUGUUGGUUAGAUUCAGCAAAUAAUCAAAGAAAAUUAAUAUGUAGCAUUUUAGAAGACAUGGUAUUUCAAUAAUACUUCCAUGUCACAACUAUAUAGGGCAGUGGUUAAGGUACUGGACCAGUAAUCAGAUGGUUACCACUUCAAGCCCCACCACUGUUGGGUCUAAUUACAAAUAAAUAAAUGAAAUAAUU